GUAACUCCAUGAAUUAACCCUUUUUCACCAUAUAUUUAUAACCAUAACCCCUCAUUAAUGUUUCUCACAUUAAUGACCUUAUAGGCACUUAAAAAGACAUCAAUACCCUUCAAUAGAUAUUAAGUUGUUCCCUUCUCUCUUUUGUUUGUCUUGCACGUACCUAGCAGCCAUGGAAAUGAUCUACUCUCACAAAAUAUAGCAAACACAUAUUCUCUCUCAAAUCAUCAAAUCUCAAAUGUCAUCACCAUUUUUUCGCACCAAGAUUUAGAAAGUGACGUUGUCUCCCACAUCUCUUUUCUUCUCACCCAAGUUGAAGAAGAUUAAAUAAAAAUCAUCUCCCAAACUUGAAGAAGAUUGAACAUUUGAUUUGAUAAUGAGUCAAACACAUAUAAAUAUUGUGGUGUUAUAUAAUGGAUCGUGGGAACAAGUUUUGAACGAAGGUUGGUCAUUUAGUGCUAAACAAAGCAAGGGUAUGAAGGUGCCAAAGACUAUCACUUACAAUAGUCUUGUUGAUCAAUUGUAUACUUUAAUCGGAGCUGACAAGUCUCGUAUUGAUCUUGACUUAAAUGUAAUCUAUCAUUUUGGAAGUAAAGGUAUCCCUCCAUCUUUAAUUAGUAAUGAUGAAGAUGUUGCUUUUUUUCUUGAUGAGAUAGGAACAUCUAUCAAUCAUCGGACACCCCUAUGUGUGUCUACUACAGAGAAGAGAAGUAAUGAUCCUUUGGUUACUAAAACACGUGAGUUGUAUACUAUUCCUCCAGUUGAAACCAAAGUGAAUGAUGAUUUUUGCAUUGAUGGCAAUGAAGACAGUUGUGAUGAUGAUAAUAAUGAUGCAGAUGGCAAUGAAGAGAGUUGUGAUGGUGAUAAUAAUGAUGCAGAUGGCAAUGAAGACAGUUGUGAUGAUGAUAAUAAUGAUGCAUUAAGCUCAGAUGAUAAUGAAAAUAUUGAUAGGUCUACCUGCAAUGAUGUACUUGUGAAGCAUAAUUUACAACAGUCAACCUCCAAUGAAGUAUUGAAGAGCCAUGAUUCCUCAAAUAAUAGAGGUCGUAAAGUAAGACAGGUUGGCGAAGAUAAUCUAUGGAGUACUCCACUUUUGUUGAAUCAAGGGGAAAAAGGCUCUACUUCAGCCUCAACAGCUCAAUUACUGACAUCUUCUUCGAGUAUCAAUUCGUGGGAAAUAAAAGAGGGUCAAAUAUUUGAGAACAAGCAAGAGUUGAAGAUGAAACUCCAUCUUUAUGCAUUAAAGAAAAACUUUGAGUUUAAAGUAAAGAAGUCUGCGAAAAAUAUAUGGUGUACAGUAUGUGUUGAUGAUAAAUGCAAAUGGAGGUUGAGGGCUACAAAAUUGGUUAAUUCCAAUAUGUUCGAGGUUCGUAAAUUUUUCGGUGAACACACAUGCUCAUUGGAUGUUCGACAUAAAGAUCACCGUCAGGCAUCCCCAUGGCUUAUUGGACAUGUCAUAAGGAGAAAAUUUGAGGGUGAUGAUGUUAAUUACAAGCCAAGGUCAAUUGUAAAAGAUAUGAGUUUAUCAUAUGGAGUUCAUAUGAGCUAUGCUAAAGCUUGGAGGUGUCGAGAGCAUGCAUUGGCUUACAUAAGAGGUACACCAGAAUCAUCAUUUCAGAAACUUCCCUCAUUUCUAUACAUGAUGGAGCAAAAAAAUCCUGGAACUGUUACUCAUUUGCAGAUGGACAAUGAAGGUAGGUUCAAAUAUUGCUUCAUGGCCUUAGGUGUUUCUAUAAUGGGGUUUAAGACAUAUAUUCGCCCAGUUAUAUGUGUAGAUGGAACCUUCUUGACUACUCGGUGUGGAGGUACUUUGUUAUGUGCCAUGGGACAAGAUGCUAACAAGCAAAUAUAUCCAAUUGCAUUUUCAGUAGUUGACUCAGAGAAUAAUGACUCAUGGUUGUAUUUUCUACUGAGGUUGAAGGAAGCGAUUGGUGAAGUGGAGAAUCUAGUAUUCGUGUCUGAUAGACAUACUAGUAUAGCAAGUGCCUUGACUAAAAAUUUUCCUGAGGCACACCACGGUGCUUGUAUACAUCAUGUUAGCAUGAAUAUUCGUGCGAAGUUCAAAACUGACCAUUGCCAUGAAGAAUUCUUCCUUGCAGCGAAAGCUUAUAGAAAGCGAGAGUUUUUACGCCAUUUUGAGAAGAUUAAAUUCAAAGAUCUUGCAAUUGCUCAAUACUUAGAGAAUCAAGUGGGUUUUGAAAAGUGGGCUCGUUCUUUCUUUCCUGGCCAUCGAUAUAAUUUAAUGACUACAGGUAUUGCCGAAAGCUGGAACAAUGUCAUUGCUGAGGCACGUGGGUGGCCAAUUACUUGUCUCAUGGAAUUUAUGAGGCACACUUUACAAAAAUGGUUUUUCGAGCGUCGAACUGCAGCAUCAGCGGCUACAAGUCCUCUUGCCACAGAAGUGGAAGCUGAUUUGCGAAAGUUAGCAGACAAGUCCACUACCUCGUUCUCUUUUCCGUCUAGUCAGUAUGAAAUAAUAGUAUUGGAUGGUGAUCUUGAUGGAGAUGUCGACCUGAGGAGGAAAACAUGUAGUUGUAGAAGAUUUGAUUUGACAGGUCUUCCUUGUGAACACGCUCUAGCUGGUGCUCGAGAUCGUGGCAUUAGUCCAUAUAGUUUAUGCUCCAGAUUCUACACAGUUGAAGCGUGGUUGUCAUCCUAUGGUGGAUCUGUAUAUACGCUGGGUAAUGAACAAUCUUGGGUGAUACCAAAUGACAUAGGAAGUAUGAUGAUAGCUCCUCCUUUAGUGAAGCAGAAGGCUGGUCGUCCAAAGAAGAAACGACGUUUAUCAAAGGGUGAGAAGAAUAGAAAACAACAUAGAUGUAGUAGAUGUGGUGUCCUGGGCCACAAUCGAGUGACGUGCACCACUGUUUGUCCCCCGCCGUCUAGACAUGCUUAGUUUGUACUUUUAUUG